CAACGGCUACAGCUAAAGUUUAACCGCCUAUUUUUUUAAUAGAUACUGAGACUGGAAUAUGAAUAAUUGUGUUCACUGUUCACUACGAAUUUUUAUUAUCUGACGGGUUUUGUGCCACUAAAUUAGCAGUUACUGGUUUUAUUUUGUUUUAUUCUUCUUGAUUAUUAAUUUUAAGCCAGAGCGAUUAACUUACUAUGAUGUUAUGAGAAAUCAAUUUAACGAUCUAUCACCAGUAUACAUUUAUGAUUUAAUUGUAAAAUGAAAACAAAAAAUCAAACAAUGAAUUCCAAAAAAGUACAAAAUAAAUUAGAUCUCGAAGAAGUAUUUUGUAUAGCAUGCAGGUGUAUUUAUUUACAACCAGUUACAAUGCCAUGUGGUCAUACACUCUGUUUAGAAUGUUUCAAAAGUAUGGUGAAUUUAACAGCAUACCAGUGUCCAUUGUGCCGCAAGCGUAUUAGUAAUUGGCUUCGAAAAUUCAAAAAUGAUUGGGAUGCCAUGCUUAAUGUGAACCUUUGGGAAGCUAUACAACAGCAGUACCCAAUAGAAGUACAGAAGAGGUUAAAUGAUGAAGAUGAUGGGCUUGAAGAACGCAUUACAAACCAUGACUUUAGUCGAAUUGAACUCAAAGAAGGAGAAAUAAAAAAAGAAUUUGAUGACAUGGAAAUGAAUAUUUUUAAAGAACAAGAAAAAAAAGAGCUGCAAAGUUUGGAGAUUGCUAAAAAAUUACAAGAAGAAGAAAAUGUUAAGAUUCAAAAACAAAUAUCUUUGAAUGAAGAAUUAACACGUGAAGAUUCUUUACUUGCAACGUCAAUUCAAGAAAAUAUAAUGAAAGAACUUCAUCAAGAAGAAAUAGUUUUAAUACAAUCAGAUUUGGAUUUGGCCACAAAAUUACAUGAUGAGAUAUCGACUGAAACAAAAAUGUGUAUAAAUAAUUUAGCUUCUAAAAAAAAUCAAAAGAAAAAAGGACCUCUGGAUAAAAUAUUUUCAAAGAAAACUGAGAAUAAUUCUAAGAUACAAUGGAAUAGUAUACAAAAUUGUAGUUUAUCUAGCACUAACUCUUCAUCCAGUACAUUAAUCUCAAAUCAAUCUUCUAAUGCAUCAUUUUCAAGUUUUCCUUCAGAUCCAUGUACAAGUUCUUCAACUACAGAUGUAUCUGAAAUAUUUGAAGAUGAAAAUUUGGAUACUUGUAUUUGUGGACGUUUGCAAGAUAAUUUGACUACAAAUAAUCCUUGUGCAUUUUGUACAGCUCAAAUAGCAUUGUUGAACAAAUUGUGGACUCAACAACAAAAUGAUUUUUUGAUGGCUAAAGAUUUAGAGAAAAAAUUACAUAUGAAUAACUUUGAAGAUUAUAAUUUGAGGAAAAGAUCAAAUUCAACUGUUGGUCUUGGGCAUAAGAAAAAAAGAAAACUGUCUAAAGGACAGUUAACAUUGAAACAAGUAUUAAAGGACAAUAGCAACACAACAUUUUGUAAAUAGUAUGAAUUGUUUUUAAAGAAAUAUAUUAACUAGGUAUUAGGUAUAUAAUUUAGAAAAAAUAAUUAAAGACAUUGAAGAUUUAAAUACUUAUAAAUAGAUUUUGUAAUAAAGAGAAGAAUUUUGUCAACA